UCCGCAGAAGGGCGCUUGCAAGACGCAUGAAUGUGACUGAAGUCACAGUGCAGAUUUGGUUUGAGAAUAGAAGAGCCCGCUGGAGGAGACGUCAGAGGGCAUUAAGGUUGAGAAACAUGUCGCGCCCCAUGCACAUGGGCCAGCUUGUCAUGGUACCCGUGGUUAUCCCCUAUAAUGCUAUCCUUAUCCAGGAGUGGGAUGGAAGAUGGUUUGUUCUGGAGCCACAGCCAUUCUGGCAGCCUGUGUUCCCCAUGCCACCUUUUCCUCCUCUUUUCUUUUCUCCUUCACCCUUGUUUCGUCCACCUAUGCCUCCCCCUGUCCAGGCCCAAUUUGGCCCAUUCUGUUUUGUUAUCGUCCAUUUCUUCAUAUUCUCCACUGUCUAAGGGAUAGUCUCUGUGCCACUUUUUGCCAGUGUCUUUGAGCCAGAUUCAUAUUUUUCAUAGCACCCCAUCAAGAGCUCAUCAAAUAUCUAUUAAAUAUAUUAACAAAAAGUACAAGUACAUUGACCCUGAGAGUUUUUCCUUUAGUAUGCAAAUUUAAUACUAUCUAGCUGACAAAUGCCUAGGGUAAUGAAACAAUUUACCAUGAAAUUGGACGUCUGAAAUAGGAGGAAUAAAAAAGAGGUCUUGCAAAUCUAUAACACCUACUUCUAUGUGCAUGUCUAACACAUUUAUGUAUUGUCACCUAUACAAUGUUUCAUUACCAAAAAUAUAUAAAUGAGCUCUGAUUAAUUGGCCUAAAGAAAAAAUAAGCACUUAAAUACUAUAUCUGAAUAAUAGAAAUGUUAAGCCUAAAUGUUUUUUCAAGUUCAUGUGACUUUAGUAAAUAUUUAAUAAAUGACCUGGUUUUGAAACUAUUGGUAAAAUAUAAUUAGAAAUGUCUUCAGAAUUGUCAACAUAUAUUAUUCUUUAGAUUUCUCAAGCAGUUUACUGUGUACCUCUGGCAGAUAUUAAAAGGUGUCCACAUUUGCAUGAGUGUUAUAAAGCAUUAUGAAGCUUGCAACCAAACGUAGAAUUAGCUUUGUUUUUGUAAUGUUUUACAUAAAUAAAGCAUUUAACAUUGUUGGUUUAAUAAAAACAACUAA